CAGCGUAUAUAUGUGUCCAGCUUGUAAGAGCAGCAACGACACGCUCAAAUAAACUCGCAAACAUCCAAGAACUCGCCGAAUGGCUGACGCCGCUGCCGCGUCCUCUCCGCCGGUGUCCCUGCCGCUGGCCGGCCGGGUGGCCAUCGUCACGGGCGCGUCGCGCGGCAUAGGCCGCGGCAUCGCGUCCCACCUGUCCUCGCUUGGUGCCAGCGUCGUGAUCGGCUACGCCUCCAGCGCCGCGGAGGCCGAGGCCCUGGCCGCGGAGCUGCCCCGCGCCGUGGCCGUAAGGGCCGACGUCGCGGACGAGUCCGCCGUCCGGGCCCUCUUCGACGCCGCCGAGUCCGCCUUCGGCGGCGGCGCGCCGCACAUCCUCAUCGCGUGCGCGGGCGUGCUGGCCAACGCGGAGAACCUCAGCUUCCUGGCGGGCACCGCCGCGGAGGACUUCGACCGCAUGUACGCCGUGAACACCCGCGGCGCGUUCCUGUGCCUCCGCGAGGCCGCCAACCGCCUGCGCCGCGGCGGCGGGGGGCGGAUCGUGGCCAUCACGUCGUCAGCAGUGGCGUCGCUGCUGCCGGGAUACGCGGCGUACGCAGGGUCCAAGGCGGCCGUGGAGGCCAUGGUGCGCGGGAUGGCCAAGGAGCUCAAGGGCACCCACGUUACGGCCAACUGCGUCGCACCGGGGCCCGUGGCCACGGACAUGUUCCUCGCGGGAGACAGCGCCGAGAGGGUGCGCCGCGCCGUGGAGGUGAACCCGAUGGGGAGGCUCGGGGAGCCCGCCGACAUCGCCCACGUCGUCGGGUUCCUCUGCACCGACGCCGCCGAGUGGGUCAACGGCCAGGUCAUCCGGGCCAACGGCGGCUACGUGUCUUAGGUAGAGUCACUGCCUUGUGGGCCACCCAUUAGGACUAGUACCUCCGCGAGGUGGUCCGUGUCAUUGUAGCGUGACAGGUUUCAUGGCCAAGCAAUAAAAUUGUUAAAUUGCUAAACAAGACUCAAUCCUAAUUUUUGGUGAUUUAUAUAUGUUGAUUUCUUUUAAGCUUUCA